AAAUUUUUUCAAGAAACAACUCUCACUUUUUAAAAGAGUUAUUAUUAUUAUAAUUAAUUAUUAUGCAGCAUAAAAAAAUAUCUUCUAGCAACUCCUAUCCUCAACACGCGCAUUCCUCUCUUUUCUACAGUAGAGAGCUCUAUUCUAUGAGCUGAAAGUCUCUUUGCAAUUGCACCAUAUCAUAUACAAUGCAGGAAUUGAGAAAUUCCUUAGUUUAUCUAAGCUUAAUCAUCAUCACCAUUUUCCUCCUACCAUCUGCCCAAGCAGCAGCUCUACAGCCCAAGCCUCAGCUCCACCAAGAUGAAGUGAAGGCAUUGAAGGAGAUUGGUCGCAGGCUGGGCCACGAUGCGUGGGCCCGCACGCGCGACCCGUGCAGCGAAGAAGAGAUUUCGAGGGCGCCCGUCGCCAGGAAAGGGAUGGAGACUUCAGUCGCCUGCGACUGUACUUUCAACAACGGUUCGACUUGCCACAUCGUUAGUAUAGCUUUCAAAGGACAGAAUUUAACAGGAAGCGUUCCACAAGAAUUCGCAAAGUUUCGCCAACUUAAAAACUUGGACCUUAGUCGCAACUUCCUUAAUGGUACUAUACCUCCUCAGUGGGCUAAAAUGGUCUUGGUUGAGCUGUCUUUUAUGGGAAACAAUUUAUCUGGUCCAUUUCCAAUGGUUAUUACCAGAUUAACCACCCUUGUGAACUUGAGCCUCGAGGGGAACAGGUUUUCUGGCCCCAUUCCAUCGGAAAUUGGCCGCUUAGUCAAUUUGCGGAAACUUGUUCUAUCGUCAAAUACGUUUACUGGAGAUUUACCAGUGGGGCUUGCCAGGCUUACCUCAUUAAUUGACAUGAGGAUAAGUGACAAUAACUUCAGAGGAAGGAUUCCAGAUUUUAUCGGCAGCUGGAGACAAAUUGAAAAACUGCACAUUCAAGGUUGCUCUCUUAGAGGCCCAAUCCCAUCUUCUAUAUCUUCCCUCACAAGCUUACUUGACUUGAGGAUAAGUGAUUUAACAGGUGGAGGAUCGCCUUUUCCAGUACUAAGUGAUAUGAAGUCCAUUAAAGUCAUGGACCUUAGUUUUAAUAACUUGACUGGAGAGAUUCCUGAUUCUUUUGCUCAUCUUACAAGAGUUGAUUUCCUGUAUUUGACAAGAAAUAGACUUACAGGACAAAUUCCAAGUUGGAUUCUUGAAAGGAACAAGAAUGCAGGAAGAGUACACUCAUGCAUGAAGCAAGACUUUCCAUGUCCAAAUCCAAGAACUCAGCAGCAUUACUCACUGCACAUUAACUGCGGCGGUGAAGAAGUAAACAUCACUAACGACUCGAAAUACGAAGCCGAUACAGAAUCCCGAGGCGCCUCAAUGUAUUACGCGAGCCAAAACUGGGCUUUCAGCAGCACAGGCAACUUCAUGGAUAACGAUAUCGACUCAGAUAACUACAGAACCACCAACACUUCAUCUCUCCACAAUGCCACGCCCAUCGUGAAGAAUUUCACUGUGGCGGUUACUGGACAUACCUUGAAGAUCCAUCUCUAUUGGGCUGGGAAAGGGACUACUGGCAUUCCAGAGAGAGGAACUUAUGGGCCUAUUGCUAUGGUGGGUGGUAUAGUAGCCGGAGGCUUUUGUUUUCUAACUCUGGUUCUAGCUUUCUUGCGUAAGCGAGGGUAUCUUGGAGGCAAAACAUCGACUGAUAAAGAGCUUAGAGGUCUUGAUCUACAAACAGGCAUGUUCACUUUAAGACAGAUUAAGGCUGCAACUAAGAACUUCGAUCCUGCUAACAAGAUUGGUGAGGGUGGUUUCGGUUCGGUGUACAAGGGUCUAUUACUUGAUGGGACCAUAAUAGCGGUGAAGCAACUUUCUUCAAAGUCGAAACAGGGAACACGGGAAUUUGUGAACGAAAUAGGAAUGGUAUCCGCACUGCAACACCCGAAUUUAGUAAAGCUUUAUGGGUGUUGUGUUGAAGGGAACCAGUUGUUGUUAAUCUACGAGUACAUGGAAAAUAACUGCAUAUCUCGCGCUCUUUUUGGGAAGAGUCCAAUACAAAAGCUGAAGUUAGACUGGCCCACGAGGAGGAAAAUCUGCCUCGGCAUUGCCAGAGGCCUAGCUUACCUUCAUGAAGAGUCGAGCGUUAAGAUAGUCCACCGAGACAUCAAGACGAGUAAUGUUUUGCUGGACAAAGAUCUCAAUGCGAAGAUAUCUGAUUUCGGCCUGGCUAAGCUUAACGAGGAUGAUAAUACCCAUAUUAGUACCAGAAUUGCUGGGACCAUCGGGAAAAGCAACACCAACUACAGGCCCAAGGAAGACUUUGUCUACCUUCUCGACUGGGCUUAUGUUCUGCAAGAAAGAGGCAGCCUGCUGGAGCUGGUUGACCCUGAGCUGGGGUCCGCAUACUCGUCAGAAGAAGCAAUGGUUGUGCUGAAUGUAGCCCUUUUGUGCACGAAUGCGGCUCCAACUCUAAGGCCGAUAAUGUCCCAGGUAGUAAGCAUGCUCGAAGGUCAUACUGAGAUUCAAGACUUGUUGUCAGAUCCAGGAUUUUCGACUCUCAACUCAAAGUACAAGGCCAUAAGGAACCACUUCUGGCAGCAACCUAGCGCGACUCAUAGCAUGUCUGUAAACAGCCUUUGUUCGGAUUCGACUCGUUCGGAGGAAAAAUGACAUUGCUCUACAAACUGAUUAUAUAUACUUAUCUGUUGGUAUUCUACCAAGCAAUUGCAUAUGAUAUUGUAGAAUACCCUUUUUUUUUUUUUCUUAUACAUGUUGUAUUGACAGAAACUAAUAAUGCAUAUGGGCUGUAGCAUGGCAUGUAUUUAGUAGUCUGCAAUUGAUGAAAAUUGGCUGCUCUGCAUCAGUCCUAUUGAAAACUAUUGAUUUGGGAUGACAUUGGUCAAUAAAAAAAAGUAGACCCUACAAGAUUUAUUCACUUUUUUUCUUUUUUUUUUCCUAGACAAACAAGAAAAUUUAUAAAGACCUGCCAACAAUUUGUACUCAUUCUUUCUAAAAGAACAUCACAUAGCCAACAAGUACUUACCACUUUUUAUUAAUUAGUUCUACUAUUCAUUUCACUCAUAAUUGAAUAAAACUAACAAAAAUGAUGAAAUUCCAACGGAAAUUCCAAUGGAUAUUUCAAUG